CACGCCGGGAUAUCCUUCCUUUCUCUCUGAGGCCAUAUUUGAGUUGCUAGUCGGUUGGCCAGAAGAGACUAAACCGCAACAAUGGUGGCCGCAAAGAAAACGAAAAAGUCCCUGGAGUCCAUCAACUCCCGACUCCAGCUGGUGAUGAAGAGCGGCAAAUACGUUCUGGGGUACAAACAGACGCUGAAGAUGAUCCGACAGGGCAAAGCUAAGCUGGUUAUCCUGGCUAACAAUUGCCCUGCCCUGAGGAAAUCAGAAAUUGAAUAUUAUGCCAUGUUGGCCAAGACCGGUGUCCAUCACUACAGUGGGAAUAACAUUGAGCUUGGCACAGCCUGUGGUAAAUACUACAGGGUGUGCACACUGGCUAUUAUUGACCCUGGCGAUUCCGACAUCAUCAGAAGCAUGCCAGACCAGCAGCAGGGCGAGAAGUAGAGUCACUUUUUCCCCAAAUUGUUAUAAAUAAAUUUUUUGCUGAAA